AUGGUCGUCUCCCCGCCUUCACCCUCCGCGGCGACGAGCCAUACAUUACUCAGUUUCCUCACUCACCGGCGGAGGAAGACCCUGGCGACUCUGAUGAAUGCUCUUCGCCCACUGGAGCCCCCUGAACCACCUGACCCGCCGGAUACACCCGCCUCACGGAGUUUCCCGACUGCUACUCCGUUAUCGGGUCUCGAGCCAUCGGGAAACUCGGCUCUGGCCGGCUUUGGCUUCACCAUCAAAGACCCACCGCCACACUACCUAUCAACCCUCCAACACCGUCGAACUACGCCGAAAUCGCUAGGUCCGAAAAUCAGAUCGGAAUGCUCGAAAAGCUAUCGUCGGUUUGUUCUGCCAUCCCCUGGCCCCGUCUCCCUUCGAUUCCGGGUUCGAGACUCUGUGUCUCAGAUCCAAGCUCGAGAGGCCGAAGAGCCCUUUCCCUCCUCUCGUCGCUUUAUCGGUCCCAUCCACACUUGA